AACAACUGCAGACGCCUUUCCUCGCGAAUUAUCCUUGAAUGAAAACACAUUCAAUUACUCACAACUGAAGCUAGUCAACAAAAAUGGAGGCAGAAUGUUAACUUAUCUUUUUGUUUUGCUAACUAGCUAUGUGUCAUACAAGCAAAGAAGACGGGAGGACCACACAUUGUGCUUUACACUCUGCAGCAGGAUGGCACCGUCGGGUAAACGCGCCCCGCGCAGAGAGGAGCUGCAGCUGGAGCUGGCGUGUGAGUGGGGCUCGUGUCAGGAGACGUUUGACAGGAUGCAGGAGUUUUGCCAGCACGUGGAGAAACAUUAUAAAGCUAUCGUGGACAGUGAGACAGACUUACCAGAAGAGGAGCAUAACUGUCUGUGGAGAGACUGUGGCUUCUGCUCAGUGGAAGGAAAUGCAGAGAUUCUUAGACACAUGUUCUUUCACUGCUACCACACCAAGUUGAAGCAAUGGGGUCUUGCUAUACUCAACGACCAUAGUGACAUGGGUGCCUGUUCGGUUGGCCUCCAUAACCGCAACAUUGUGCCCGAGGUCCAAGAGAACUUCCUUUGUCUUUGGGAGCACUGUGAGAUGUCUAUGGAUAAUCCGGAGUGGUUCUACAGACAUGUGGAGAUGCAUGCCCAUUGUCUCGAGGCUAAUGAAGAGAAUGUGUUGUUCUGUGGAUGGAAAGACUGCGAGGCCUCUUUCAAGGGCAGGUUUAAGUUGCGAGAGCACAUGCGUAGCCACACACAGGAAAAGCUGGUGGCAUGUCCGACCUGUGGAGGGAUGUUUGCCAACAACACAAAGUUCUUUGACCACAUUCGACGGCAAACCUCCAUAGAAGGUCAAAGAUUUCAGUGUUCUCACUGCUCUAAACGUUUUGCCACUGAGAGGCUGCUGAGAGACCACAUGAGGAACCAUGUCAACCAUUAUAAAUGUCCACUUUGUGAUAUGACCUGUCCAUCUCCGUCCUCGCUGAGAAACCACAUCAAAUUUCGUCAUUCCAACGAGAAGCCUUACAGCUGUGACUACUGCGAGUACAGCUGUAAAAACCUGAUAGAUCUGAGGAAGCAUUUAGACACGCACAGCAGUGAGCCAGCGUAUCGAUGUGACUUUGCAGAUUGUGACUACUCCACUCGCUCGCUUUACUCAAUCAAGAACCACUACAAACGUGUUCAUGAGGGAGAUGACACUCCUCGCUAUAAGUGUCACGUGUGUGAGCAGUGCUUCACCCGGGGGAACAACCUCACUGCCCAUUUACGCAAGAAACAUCAGUUCAAAUGGCCUUCAGGACACCCGAGAUUUAGGUAUAAAGAGCAUGAAGAUGGGUUCAUGCGCCUGCAGCUGAUCCGCUAUGAGAGCGUGGAGCUGACAGAGCAGCUGAUGCGGGAGCGGCAGGGAGAAGGGGACAGCAGUGAGUCCAGCCAGCAGAACGUUCAGCCCGGUGAAGAACUGGAGGAGACGGGGCCCCUCAGCACCACGAGUGGAAAUACAGAGGCAGGAAUAAGAAAAGAGGGAGUAGAUGUCUGUAGGACACAGGAAAAUACAGAAAGUGUGUUCUUGGUGUUGACAGCCGGCACCUCCGCAGAAACAGACUCUACAAGGGAGGGAGCCGUAAUGCGUCAGCUACAGGACACUGCCCAACAGCUGGGCAUGGAGGUGGUUUAACUGCACCUCUGAUUUCUGGAAUACCUUAAUUGCUGUGUCAGGCAAUAAGAAGGUACAUUAGGACAUUCCAAUUAACUCCGUGACAAAAAGUACUAUGAGACUAACAGGGGACCAAAACAGGAAUAGAGUGUGUGUGAGAAUUGUCAUCAUCAAACACCGCACUGAACAGAACAGAGAAAGCUGAAUCACAAGUUAGCUCUGAGGAUGUGCUUAAAUGAAUAGUUCCUUCAGAAAGGAGCUUUUUUUGUUAUAAUUUCCUCACCCUCAUGUCUUUCUGACUGAUUAUUUUGUUUGUCACAAAAUGCAAAAUGAGAUGUCUAACACAGUGUGAGUUGCCUUUUUCUAUUCAACAAACAUCAAUAAUAAUUUAUAUUGCCAAGCUCCAAAACAGAUAAAAAAACACCAAGAAACUAUAUUAAAUAUAGACUUGUAUGUUAUAAGAUUUUUUUUCCCCUGUUUGGAAGUCAGUUCCCUUGUAGGGAAAGCACAAGCACACACAUUCAGGAUCUCUAUAUUGUGUUUCUUCAAAGAAGGAUACUGCAGGGUUAGAUGAUAAGAUUGAGUGCUGAACUAUUCUUUUAAAUUUGACUUUUUGCAUGUGUGUGUGUGUGAGUGAGUGAGCGAGAGAGAGAGAGAGAGAGAAGAGGGUAAUGGGGAACAGAAACGUUUAAUCCUACUGAACAGUUUAAUCAGCUUUCUUUGACAGGUUCAGACUUAAGGAAGAUAGACAGAUCUCUGUGGAGAGCUCUUUACAUUGUAUAGUUUUAUACGGUGUGCUUCUGUUUUAAAGUUUAAUUGGAAGUGCUUCUGAAUUUUAAACCACCAUUCCCGUUAAUUUAUUUUUCUACUUUAAAUUGAGAUCAGUUCUGUUGUGCAGAAAGGCCCUUUCCAAUUCCUACUGCUGUUGAAUCAAAGUAAAAAGUAGUUUAAAUUGUUGUUUGUUUUAUUUAUAUAUCAUUUUUUAUAUACACCUUUUCCUUAGGACUAUUUUUUGCCAUUGUGUCCUAAUUAUUCAUAAUCUUAUUGAAGAAAGAAUUAAUUUAGGGCAUACUGACUAUACAAAUUGAAAUAAUUUUGCUUUAAAUAAACAAUGGUAGUAAUCAGUA